CCCAUGAUCCUAUGCGGAAGAAGGGAUUUCUGCAGUGACAAAGAUACAACAGCAACACAGGCGGAGAAAACGCUACAUUAACAGGCCAUAUUUCCUCUCUUUAUUUCACCUCCUGAGCCAUGGACGGAUCUGUCAGAGCCUCUUCAGACGCCGUAGCUGGGCCGCCGCCUUAUUUUAGAGGAAAUGAAAGCUCCUUGGUUUCAGCCCUCAAGACACUGCUGUUCUUCACUGUCCUGAUGGUCACGCUGCCCAUUGGACUUUACUUUGCAUCAAAGGCAUACAUCUUUGAGGGUUCGAUGAAGAUGUCAAGCUCUGACAGCUACUUCUAUGCAGCUAUUGUUGCAGUGCUUGCUGUGCAUGUUGUGUUGGCUUUGUUUGUUUAUGUGGCCUGGAACGAAGGCACACCUAAAGGGAAGGGCAAAGAUGACUAAGGCAUGUCCUUUAUCAGCUUGUAAGACUGCAGCACAGGACAGGCAGACAUGGGCAUGCAACCCCACCACCACCACCAUGGACUCCAGCACUUAAACACAGCUCCAUCCACCAACCAGACUGUUAGGAGAUCUGGUUUGUGCUUUGGCUUUGACCAGAGGUUAAAGAAAGAAUGAGUUUUCUUGUUCCCUGCCAUGGGACAGUGGAGGCCAUUGGGUGUGUCUUUUCUCCAGCCUCAGCGGGGCCGCUUUUUGACUUUUUGCUCUCUUUUGUUCGCAGAGGGCAGCCCUGAUUUUUAAGAGGCUUUGAUAUAAGCUGCCAUUUGGCUAAAUGCUGUAAGUCCCUUCGUGGUAAAGAGUCUGUCAUGUAGGAAAACAUCUCGGAUUUUGUUUGUGUGUGUGUACGUGUACAUAUGAAGAAUUUAAUUCCAAAAUGCUCUACAUCUUUUCUGUGAGAGUUUGUGCUACUUAAUUGAUCAUACUGUCAUCAAAAUUCAGUUUUUAUUUGCAUACAUAUAUAGAUGGUCCUUGGCUUCAAUAUAAGGCCAUAAUGUGCUUAACCUUAAAGCUAUGUUUUGGAUCAGAAUCUUCAUGAUGUCUUUAAAUGAUCAGAUUCGUCUGUUUGUCCUUGUAAACAACUGUUUUUUUUCUUUAUGUUUUAACAUGUUUGUGAACUGUAGUUCAGUGAGAGAUCAGAUAUGUAUUUAAGAGUAUUUUGUACUGAAGAUGUUUGGUGAUUUGAGGGUAUAGAUAGAUGUAUGUGAAGUGUGUGAAGCAGAUGAGAAUGUUGACUUGCUUAAAUAAACUUGAAAAAUUGUAACUUUU